UGCUUUGGCGCUAGAGACCUGGGGAAAUACUCCUUAAAACAAGCACACCAACAAAAUAAAUUGUUAUGGGAUUUUAGUAAUAUGUAGUCACUUACUGUGGUAGUCAUUUAACGUAUACGUUAUCCAUAAACUGCGUUAAACUAUGGAAUUUACAACUGUGAGCAGCCUUUCAGUGCGUCAACAGUUAUUGGUCAUCACGAUGCGUUUCAUUGCGCUGUCCUUUGCUAACCAGCACGAAAGCGCUGUGAGGACCGAGUCUGGAGGUAUCAGGGGUCUGUCUGGACCAGGGGUUUGUAGCUUUGGGGGAUCCAUGGCAUGUUGUUUGGGGUGGAGGAAUGUUAACGGACUCUGUCAGCCGGUGUGUGGAAAGCCAUGUGUGAAGGGAGAGUGUGUGGGUCCAGACAAGUGCUGCUGUAUAGCUGGUUACAUGGGGCAGCAAUGUGAAGAAGAUGUGAACGAGUGUGGCAUGGCUGUGCGGCCGUGCUCCCAGCGCUGCAUGAACCUCCCAGGGAGCUACCGCUGCUACUGUGACCCCGGCUACACCCUCAACACAGACGGACACACCUGCACCCGAGAGCUGGAGUGUGUCUCUGGUCGUUGUCAGUUUGGUUGCCAGAUAGAAACAGGGGGAGAAGUGCACUGUCUGUGUCCCCCCGGCCUCCACCUGGCCAAGGACAACAGGACAUGUGAAGACGUGAAUGAGUGUUUGGAGUUCUCUGACGUAUGCCCACCUCGGCGAACCUGUAAGAACACCUUCGGCAGUUUUGCGUGUGUGUGCAGGGAUGGCUUCGUGUUGGGGAUGCUCCACAACUCUGUGCAGUGCCGAGACCACAACGAGUGUGUGAGCGGUAGUCACCGGUGCAGCCGGAACGCCCGGUGCGUCAACACAGACGGCUCGUACAUCUGCCAGUGUGCGGAGGAGUAUGCAGGCAAUGGGCUCACCUGCUGGCACACUCUGUCAAAGUCUACCAUGUACUUCAAAUACAAGCUCUCCAAAAGAACAAAAUCCACACAACCUUUGGGGUGAGGAUGACUCUGAUAACACCAAUUCCAAAGCAACAGUUAGUGUCCAUUUUGGGUUGAGAGGAUAAAUGUGCCGAUGUUUGUAAAUGUGAGGGAUCAGGACUUCAAAGGAAAAUUCAGGAGGCAUUGGGAAAAUUUUUUUUUUAAUUCUCACUUGUUCUGGCAAUAUAAUGUAGGCAUAGUAAUGUUAAGAAUUCGCCAUACAACUGGAAAGUGGGGUCACUAAGCCUGUCAUUGGUCCCCCUCAACAACCAGUCAACAAGGGUGUAGAUAUAUGGUACCAUUAGCAGUCAUGUUGUUUAAUGUAUGUCGAGCCACUCAUUUCACACUGUAUGACCGACCACACUCGAGUUUGUCUUUCCGUGUGUUUCUGGUCAAAAAGUCACAGCGUACAAUUUGACUUGUUCAGGUUCCCAGAUAAUAACUCUGUCACACAAUUUUCACUGUUUUGACAUUUCCAGCUAACGAUGUAUCUCGAAUAAUAUUUUAUCUAUGUUUUUAUGUUCUUUGCUAUAAUUUGUUCUGGGGGUCAAAGCCAAAGAAAACCAAUUUAGAUGUUGUGCACCAGUUUAUUCCUUAAAAAAUAAAUAUUUUUAUCAAUAUUUGUUAAUAGAAGGCUGACCUCUGGUGGAAAGAUAAGGAGAAAUAUAGUUAUUUUAAGCGUCAUGU